AUGUCCGGUUCAAUAUGGUUAAAUCAUCUCAUCUUCUUCAUUCACCCGAUCGAGAGAAGAAGUAGAAGAGAAUCAUCAUCAAUGGCGGAAGAUCUGGUUCUCGACACGGCGAUCAGAGACUGGGUCUUGAUCCCUCUCUCCGUCGUGAUGGUUCUCAUUGGCGUUCUCCGCUACUUCGUCUCCAAGCUCAUGCGUUCGUCUCCGACUCCCGAUGCGAAGAUGGUCAAAGAAGGACAAGUUGUGAUUAGGGCUCGGAAUCUCAAGGCAGGUGCCAGUUUCAUCCCGCCUAAGUCGUUCCGAGCUCGGAGAUUCUACUUCAGCAACGAGGAAAAUGGAUUGUUGCAUGUUCCUAAGGAUCAAGCUCAAAACCCACAAGCUCAGAUGUUUUCUGAUCCUAACAUGGCCAUGGAUAUGAUGAAGAAAAAUCUGUCAAUGAUUAUACCUCAGACGCUCACUUUUGCAUGGGUCAACUUCUUCUUCUCUGGAUUUGUUGCAGCCAAAAUACCAUUUCCCCUGACUCAAAGAUUCAGGUCAAUGUUACAGAAUGGUAUCGACUUGAGCACUGUCGAUGUUAGCUAUGUGAGCGGCCGUUCAUGGUAUGUAUCAUAUGGAAUUUUGAUCAAUUAUCAACCUAAUCUAAUUGACAUUUUCUACAACAACCACCAUUAAUUCGUCCACGUGCAAUCCAGUCAAACAAUUAUGAGAUUUUGAGGAGGUAGAGAUAGAUAUAAUAAGUGAUAAAUGAAAGUUGAAGCUCUGAAAAUAAAAAAAAGAAGAAGAUGAAAAUGUAUUUUCUUAUAAAUUUCACUCUUACAUGACCAUGUGGCAUCAUCCUGCAUCCUCUAGUGAAUCAAGGGCUGCAAAUCGGUUGGACAAUGCAGGACCACCAGGCGUUCCCAUACUUGACGUCGCUAUCCUCUUUCCUCUGCUCUUCUCCUGCCAUGCUCUGUUUUUGUCCUUGACUGAUAGAACCGUUGGAGAAGGUUUCUGAAUAGAAUUGCGCUUUCCGACAAGACGGGUUUGAGUGGACUUGGGCUUCUUGCUUCUUGAAGCUGCAUCGUUUUGAGGUGCUCUGGGCAAUGGCUUGUCUGAACUGAUAAUACGGAAGACAAAAACUAUUAAAGUUUGAAACCCCAAACAACCUUAAAUAACAUACAGAGUUGAAAUUUCAAAGUCACAAAUAAGAAGAAUAAAAUGAAAGCAUUGAACACUUACAUGAGCCACUUCACAUUCUCCACAUAGUCUAGAUAGGUCGAUAUAAAACGAUGAUGCUGCUUAAGCUCGUCAAAUCCCUGAAUAUUGACUUUUGUAAAAGUUUCACUUUCCAAACUGUAGAAACUAAGGUAGAAAGAGUUUGGUGAAUCUUUGUAUGACGACGACCACACAAAUUCACCUGUACCAGCCAUUCCAACAAACAUGCUAUAUCUGAUCAAGUUCCACUCCAAAGGACACAGUUUGUAGAUAUGCUUGGACCAUUUAUGGUUUUCAGCAUCUUCUAGAACCCAAAACACAAUCCUACCAAUUUGAUAGCACGAAUCCUCCUCAUGAUAUAUACCUAAUCUACCUUUGUAGUUGAACAAAGUAAAAGAAUACGUAUAAUGCCCUUGUUCCACGUCUUUUUUUGUGUUGAUAAAGCUGAACUUCUCAGACCUAAUGUCAAAGCAUACUAUCAUAGAAGAUAGUCCCAACGCAGCUGCGAAAUACAAAACACCAUUUAUGCAUAUAUCACCACUUAUUCUAUAGCUUUCCUCAAAAUGGAAUUUGCGUUCGAUAGUUCUCCAUACACGUUUUUUUCCAGACUCCAAUGUCAAAACCUGAUGAGUGUUGUCUCUAACAUCAAAAGGUGAAAAGUUCGUAGUCAUACACAACACUUUGAACUGUUUGCUCAUCGGAUCAUAGCCCAAAUACAUUCUCGCAAUCUUCUCUUUCUUUUUUUGUGCUGUGAUCAGUUUGGUCUUUUCUUUCAGAAGCACUUUGGGCAAGGUUAGGAACUCUCCCGUGGCAGGGUUACAGACCACCCGCACCUUUCUUUCGCAUCCCUGAAGCAGGACCAAUCCACAGACCGGUGAAUAAAUAUCACAUGGAAAAUAUUCGGGAAAAGACGUAUGGUAAGGGGUGGCUACAAGGGAAGAGUCAUCAUCAUCAUCAUCAUCUGGAUUAUGAGGCUGAUGUGUAGAGUAGAGGAACAACUUGCCAUCAGAUCUUAUGGGGAAAAAGAGCCGUGGACGAGUCAAAGACAUAGUCAGAAACAAGUCAGUGAAAUCACGACGACGGAGUAUGGAUGAUGCCCAGAAUUUAGAUACGCAACGAAACCUAGCUAUAGACUUUGCCGGAACACGAGUAAGUAUAUCGAUGAGUACAUCAACUGGGAUUAGGUUCGAAGAUUGUGAUGUUUCAUGUCUGGAAAACUCAUGUUUCAACAUUUUCAACGGCUGAUGGAUUUUACAACCCUAGAAGAAAGUAAUGUAGAGGAAGAUGAUCCGAAAUUCUUUGUUCGUUACGAUUUUAUAAGGAAGCCCUAACGGAACGGGGCUCUUGUUGGAAAUUGUGAAUAAAAGCUCAAUGCUACUAAAUGGGCUCUUGUUACAAGUCUUAAUUUAAAAUUAUGAAACCUCGUAUUGAUCUGUGUGAUUUGUUCUCGUAAAUAGCGCAACUGAUGAACCAACUGAGUGAGUAUAUUUCAGUUUAAUAGUUUGAUGAACCAACUGAGUAAAUUUCAGUGAAUUAAAAAUCAAAACGUGAGCGUGGACUAAUUUAUUGAAACUAUUAAUCUCUUCUUUAAGAAGCAACUGAGUAAAACCCAGAUGCUAAAUUCACUUCAGCUGAGUUUUAUGAAAUCAAAUCUCUUUGGUAUUAAUUCUCACUGAGUUGACAUGACAAACGUAGCAAUAUGUGAAUAACUUGUGCUUCCAUUUGAAUGUUGCAAAGCUCUCUCUCUCUCUGUUCUAUGAAUUGUGUAAUUAAAUUUGCACGAUAAUUAAAUACGCUGAUUUUUCUUUAAAUUAAUACAUCAACAUUUAACCCAUACAGAGCCGGUCUUGAGAUUUAAAACCAACUCUGAAGCCCUAUUUAAAAAUAAAAAAAAAUAUUUUUUGAUUUGAAAUUAAUAAUAAUUUUCUUAGUGAAAAUUUUAUUGGAAUUAUAUAUUUUUUAAAUAAAAAGUUAUUAGUUUCAGUUACCAUAAAAAUAAUUUUCUUUUUAUUGUAGUUUUGAUCAUUUUAAAUUAGAAUAACCCAAAAUCUAAUAUUUUCUAUAUAUUAAAAUUAUGCAUAGUAAAAAUAUAUUUUACUUUUUAUUUUACAUUUGCAUUAUAUAUAACUAUAUAUAUAUAUAUAUUGAAAUAAAUAUAGAAACCAAUAUUUUUUGUAAAAAAAUUGUUAACCAGAAGUCCACAAAGUGGAGGUCUCAAUCAAAUGUUUCAUAAUCAUGUGCUCAAGCCCGGGUCUGAAAUCAAUUAGGCCGAGAAUGCCAAAUCAAGUUCACUGGAACACGCCAUGCGUGUAUGUAUAUAAUUUACGUGAUAAAGGAAGUAACAUGUCAAAUCUCUAUAAGUGAUGUGAUAAUUGUUAAAAGUCAUAAGUCUCUGAAAAUCAUAUUAUUGUAAUUGGAUUUAUCUCAAUUUGGGCUAUAAAAUAAGGUUGAACGUGCCAAAGAUGGUUCACGGGCAUCGUCUUCUGGUUUCGGGAGAGAUCUGAAAUCGAAUUAUGUCUCCCACAUGAUCAUUAUUCGUUUAGCAGUUUGUCAAAAGUGAAAACUGAAAACAUUCUCCUUUGCUGGCAUGUGGCAGAUGCGUCAACAGUGGUUGGAGUAUCAACCCGGAUUGAUUGUACAUAAGUAAUUAAGGUGACAAUGACUCGAUGAGCUAAGGGCUAUGUCUAUGUGACUAAACUAAGACCAGGAUUGUUUCUUGCCAGUUCUAGGUUAUAAUGUAGCAUAGAUGAUCUAAGAAAUCAGAAUAUCAGACCUAAAGUAUUUCUGUUAACAGUAGAAUUUAGAUUAUAUUCAACCAAAUUAUAUUGCCACUUACUCUAUAGAAUUAGCCUUGGUUCGGUCAUUGAGUUUUGAAAGGCUAUUAUAACAACUUACUUUUGUGACCUCGGAGCAAACCAAAACCAUAAACACAUCAUAUCGAUUAUUUGGUCGCUCAAUUUAAGGUUAUCACAUUUUUUCCAGAAUAAUUUACAAUUUUCACUGGAUUACUUAAUUAUCCUCUAUUUUAAGCAUUGACAAAAUCUUGGACGAUGAUACCAGUCUUCUACUUCUGUAUUUCAUACUGUUAUGGAUCUUGAGAAACUUUUUCAUAUUACACUACUCUUCCAUAUAUUUAAUGACAUAACUAGAUUUUGACCCGCGCUUAAGAAGCGCGGGUUUGAAAUUUUAAAAUUUUUUAAAUCUAGUAUAAUUUUUUUGUUUCACAUUAUAACUAUUGAUUUUUAAUGUUUUUAUUAUUUAUUAUUUUUUAUAGUGUGAGAUUUGUUUGAAAUAGAUUUAAAGAUGAUAUGUAUGUUUUUAGUAGUAAAGAUAUUCAUUAUUAAAAAUAUGUAUUUUAAUUAUUGAACUGUAUUAACCAAUGUUUUGAAAAUCUGAUCGGACCGUACAAUCGAACCAGUCGGAUCAUGACUUGCUCUUCUAACUGGUUCCGAGUUGUACUAAAAACCGAAUUUGAGUUAAAUCGGACCUAGUUCAAUAUUAAAACCCAGUUUUUGCAAAUUCAAGUUAAAAAAUAAAAAAAAUUGCAAAUUUUAAUAAGAUUUCAUCAAAAUUUAAUAUUGUUUUCUACUACAUAUAUAAAUAAAUUAGUUUUAGUUUUUGAAUUUUGAAUUUUAUUUUUCAUAUCAUUUUUAAAAUAUAACAUUGAUAUAAACUUAUAUUAUUAAAUUUACAUUAUUAUAAAAACGAUUAUUUUUAGUAUUGAUAUAGUCUUCAGUUUCAGAUAUUAAAUUUGUGAUAACAUUUUAUAAAAAGAGUCAAGAAAUACAUGAAUAACAUAUCACUUAAAAAGUGCAAUGAAUAUUGUUAAGUUUUUAAUACAAAGGUACGCAUCAUAUGUUCGAUAAUCUAUAUGUAGGGUCCAAAAAUAUGUACACUAAUAUUAAUCCGUUUGUUAUGACUAUCUCCUUAAGUUAUUUUCUGUAUUAAUAAAAUAAUAAUAAAAUAUUUACGUAAAAUAUCGUUGUUAGUUACAAUAUCUCUUUUUGUACAUUAAGGAAAUUAUGAGUUGAUGUAUGGAAUAUUACUUUGGCUUAAAAAUAGGCUGAAUUAUAUGGUGUUAGUCUAACUAAUAGGUCCAAACAACCUUGCAUAAAUAGAUUUUUUAAGAAUGCUUCCCUUUUAAUAGUAUAGACUAGGUGAUAACCUGCGCCCUGCGUGGAGCGAGAAAAUUAUUAAAGUAUUAUAACUUUUAAUAUAUAGACAUAAUAAAAGUUAAAAGCAUAGUAAAAAAAAUAUAUGUAAGAAAGUACGGAUUAUAGCUAGGAAUUUUAGUAUGUCAAUAUAAAUUUAUAUGCGAUGGCCAUUAAAAUUAAAUUGUAUAUUUGUUUGCAUGCGGGUAAAUUAUAAAUAUAAUAUUAAAUGAAACAUAAGCAAUAGUCUAAUAAAUAUAUAAAAAGAACAAUGUAUAAAAAAACAAAAGAAAAUUAAAAAUAGAGACAAAAUAACUGCUAUCAAUAAUGCCUUCAGAAGUCUUCGUUUGCAAUCCUAUUAUGAGCAAUAGCAAAAAGAUCAUCUAGAGAAUUUAAAAAUAUUAUUUAACAAAAUAUGUGAAUGCAUGUAUUACCUCAAUCGUGGAAGAUGGAAACGAUGAGCUCUACUAUUUAUAUCAACACGGAGCCUAGGACUUUCAUAUCCACGCCAAAUUCAAUCGAAGAAACGAAUAUUAAUGAUGGGAAAUUAAUACUGUAUAUACCAGUUGCCUGUUUUAUAAAUUGUGUGAUGCCUGGAUGUGAAAUAGGUAAAGAAAAUCAGUGAUGCUCAUGCAAAAAAUAUUUCAGAAAUAUUCCCCUAUCGAUUAAGGUAAGUUUUUCAAGUCUUUAAAUUUUGUUUCCUUUAAUACGUUAACAAUUCAAUUGUGAUUCCUUAAUAUUUUAAAACAUUAAGUAUAUGUAUGAUACCACGAAAAUAUCAUACCACGAUUUGUUUCCUUUAUCAUUUUGUUGCCUUGAAUACAUACACAAUUCAAUUGUGUUUCUUUAACAUUUGAAAAUAUCAUACCACGAUUUUUAAUGAUCAUCCGUAUAGGUUAUGAUAUGAACAUUAUGAUAAACGAUUUGAUAUUAGUUUUACGAUAAACAUGGUUUGCUUAUUCCAAAAUUAGAUAUGAACACUCGUACAAGUUAUGAUAUGAACUUUCGUACAGGUAAAAAUAACCAAUACAAACCGUAAAGAACUUUGUUGUACCACGUUUAAAGAAUAAAAAAUUGUACUAAAACGUACAUGACUUUAGAUGAGGCACUUAUUUUGUUGCCUUAUUUAAAAGAAAAACUUCCAAAUCUUCGAAUAUACCAUAAAGCCUCUCUUAGGUCGAGUUAAUAUAUUGCCUUAUUUAGAGCCCCUUUUUUUAAAAAAUCGAAAUGUAAUCAAGAUGAUAAUUCGCGAAAUGUAAUCAAGAUGAUAAAUCGAAAUCAUAUAGUAUAAACAAAUAACCAGUGGCAUUUGUACGUAAUUAUUCUAGUUUAUAAAGGGUUUUUUUUUUAAGUAAGUGAGAGUGCAUUAGGUGAUGACACCUAGGAAAUGACACUCAUGUAAUAAACACAUGAGGCAAAGGUUUAUUUUUUACCAAUGUUCCUCCUUUGAUAAGAAAGGGAUUCAAACUUAACCUAUAAAUCAAUUAGAUUAUUUAUAGUACGUACUAGCUAGUGGUUAUUAAUAAUAACAAUACUGAUCUUGUGAUAUCCACUCGUUUGCCCAAACUUAAAGUUCUCAAGUCGAAUUUAAACAUAUGGAAUGAUUGUUCUUUGAUAAUUUGAUUCUUCUUGCAUCUCAACUAUAUCCCGAUCAGAUACACGUGUGCUGUGUGCAGUAACAAUACCACACCCACGGGCCAAACAUAAAUUAAUUAGUUAUUUUAUCUUGUAUUCACUACCGAGGAUAAUUAUAAAUUUAUAACAAACACUGAAAAUUAAAAAGAAAAGAGAAACCGUGUUAACUAAAAAACAAUCAUUGAUAUUUGAUUCAAUACGACAAAUAAACAAAUUACAAUAGAUGGGAGUAACACUCAAGCAAGGCGCUCUCGCGAUACAACAAGAGUAAACAACACAAACUCAUUGAUGUUCAUCAUGAACUUCACCACUUCAAAUAAAAGAGUACAAAAGAAAA